UCACAAAAGAGAGACUAAACGUCUCAAGGAAAAAAAAGAAAGAAGUAAAAGUCCUAAUACAGAUACAAAAAACAAAAAGCCUAAAUUUGAUACAAGCCCUAAAAGACUUGCCGUCCACACUCAAGCUACCACCGAGAAACGCUUCCGAGAAAAUCCAAGAGAUUUGUUCAGCCCUAAAAGACCUGCCGUCCCUAGAGAGAGCUUGUUGAGGCAUCUCCAGUUUGAAGCUAACUUAAGUCUCAUCUCCUUUACACUAGGGGAUUUAAUAUUCAAUAGAUAAUGGAGAUAAAAGUUGGAUGGGUCUCCGAAGAUCCACAAAUGAGUAUAUUCGCUGAGUGAAUGAUUUUCUUGAUAAGACAUUUGAACGGGCUUCCCAAGGCAAUGAAAUAUUAUGUCCUUGCAAAAAAUGUGCUAAUUGUUAUUAGCGUAUUAGAAAUGUGGUAGAGGAUCACUUGGUUGGUUAUGGAUUUAUUCAAGGAUACACCAAAUGGAUUUUCCACGGGGAAAAGAUUUCCUCGAGAAAUAAUUCACAUCCAAGUAAUUGUGAUGAAGGUUCCAACAUGCAUGAUGAUAUUGAUGGACUACUUCAUGACACUAUUAGUGGAGGAAGGAAAACAAGAGUAAUAUUUGGGGUGUGAGAAUUUUUCUAAACUGAGUUUCACCAUUCGAUUGUACUUAAUCAAAUGCAUUCAUGACUUGAGUAAUGUGGCUUUUUCAGACUUGUUAGACUUGUUAAAAGAGGCAUUUCCAUUUGCUAAGCUACCUGAGUCUUUUUUACAAAGCAAAAAGUAUGAUAAAAGAUUUGGGUCUUCAUUAUGAAAACAUACAUGCGUGCCCCAAGGAUUGCAUGCUUUUUUGGAAUGAAAAUGAGAAGAAUGAUAAUUGCUCUGUAUGUGGAACUUCUAGAUGGAAGAAUGUUGUUGAUGGCGUGACUAAUGCAAGCUCCAAAAUCCCUGCAAAGGUUUUAAGGCACUUUCCCUUAAAGCCUAGGCUUCAGAGGAUAUUCAUGUGUUCUGAAACAACUGCAGCUAUGAGAUGGCAUGGUACUGAACGACCCAAUGAUGGGAAUUUAAGACAUCCUGCUGAUGGGGAAGCGUGAAAGAAUUUUGAUUUCUUGCACAAGGAUUUCUCUCGGGAUCCUCGUAAUGUUAGAUUGGGUCUUUCAAGUGAUGGUUUUAACCCGUUUCGAACCAUGAGCAUUUCUCAUAGCACAUGGCCUGUUAUGCUAAUGAACUAUAAUUUAUCGCCAUGGAUUUGCAUGAAGCCGGAGUAUAUAAUGUUGUCAAUGAUCAUUCCAGGUCCUUCUUCACCAGGAAAGGAUAUAGAUGUGUACUUACAACCACUAAUUGUUGAAUUGAAGGAACUAUGGGAAACGUGGGUAGAAACAUAUGAUGCUAAAUCUGACCAGACGUUUCAAAUGCGUGCAACCUUGUUGUGGACAGUUAGGAAUCUGAUGAAGAUACAACUACUAAAAUUGCUGAAAUGGAAAAAAUUGAAACACAACCAAGUGAAGAUGGUAGCAGUUCUGUUAAUGCAUUUGCAGCCGUUAUGGGACCUGAACAUCCGGGACGUCUUAGAUUGUAUGGACGAGGGGUUACAAGAACUUCUUUGAAAGGAAAAAUGGGACAUUUUGAAUCCUCUUCAAAUGCUACAAUUGAUCUGGUGCAACAAAUGGAAGAAAGGAUGACAAGAAUGUUCGAGGAACAGAAGGAACAAUUUGAGAAACAGAAGGAACAAUAUGAGGAACAAAAGAGAAUGAUGCGACAAGAAAUUCUAGGAGAUAUCUUUGUACAGCUUCAGCGUUCUGGAUUGCAAAUUGAUCCUAAUAUUUUAGCAAACUUGUGUGCUCGUUCACCAGGAGAAGCUUCAUCCACACAACAAGUAGCUAUUCAACCAAUCAACAGGCCAUCUUUCGGCAGCAACAAUCAAGGUGAACCAAAUGAUCAAGGGGGAGAUGAAAGCAGUUAAGACCUUACCUAAAAGUAUUGGUUGAAGAAUCUUCAAACAAUCUAGGAAUGUUUUUAUUUUUAACUAUUUUGCAAGCUUAUAUUCCAACUCUUGGAUUAUUAAACACUUUUAUCGUAUAUUUUACUUUUAUAAAUGGAUAAUCGUAGUUGUAUAUUUUGAAUUA